AUGUCUAGUUAUGCAAAACAAAUCUAAACUUUCAAUUCAGGAACAUUUACAACUAUGAAUGAGUUUUAAUUCAUAUAGAAAUUAGGAACUGGUAGUUUUGGAAGUGUAAAUUUAUAUCUUCAUAAACCAACACAAAAGAAAUAUGCAAUUAAAAUUGUAAUUUUCUAUAAUAUUUUUAGAUGCCUGGAGAGACAAUUACAAAUUAAUGUGAAAGUGAAGGUAUAGAAAGAGAAAUAAGAGUUCAUAAAAAAUGUAGGAAUCCAAAUAUAGUUUAACUUUAUGAUUCAUUUUAUGAAAAUGAUUCUAUUUUUAUUGUUAUUGAAUAUCUUGAAAAUGGUAGAUAUAUAUUAAAAUAAAAUUAGGCAAUUUAUUUACACAUAUUUAAAAGAAUCCACCUAUGAGUGAAUAAGAAGCAUGUAAAUAUUUUGUUUAAACAUGUCUUGCAUUAUAAUAUAUGCAUUAAAAUAAUGUAUUUCAUAGAGAUAUCAAACCAGAAAAUUUAUUAUUAGAUGAAAAAUUUAAUUUGAAAGUAUGUGAUUUUGGUUGGUGUGCUGAAAAUAUACAUUAAAAGAGAAAGACUUUUUGUGGAACCUAUGAAUAUAUGGCACCUGAAAUAGUAAUGGAAAUUAUGUAUGAUUAUAAAAUUGAUUUAUGGUCAUUGGGAAUAUUGUUAUUUGAAUUACUACAUAAAUAUGCACCAUUUAAAGGAAAAGAUUUUAAAGAAAUUUCAGUUGCUAUUAAAUAAUGUUAACCCAAAAUUAAACCAUCAGUAUCAAAAGAAGCUUACUAAUUAAUUUCUCAAUUAUUAUCUCUAGAUCCUAAUCAUAGACCUCCUAUAAGUUAAAUCCUAGCUUCUUCAUUCGUAAAAAAAUAUAGCAACAUGUUGAAUUUAGUAGAAUUCUAAGAAAACAUUCAACCAAGAUCUCCACUUCGAUAAUAUCCCUCUCAGUAGUAAUUGAAAUGUGGUUCACCAAGAAGAAGAAUCACAGAAUAUAAUAUAAUAUAAAAACCAGAACAAAGAGUUAGAAUGGCCUCACCUAAACCUUUAGAUUCUCAGAAACUUAUAUAGAAAAUUUAUGUCAGUCCAGCAAGAAGGAUAUAACCAAAGGGAAGAGAGAAUAUUCCAGUUAAGACAGGACCGAUAGAUGUAAGAGGAAGGGAAGCUACUAAAAUAAUAUAUAUGAAUUUAUGUAAUAAUAUUUCAUGAUUCAGAGUAUCUCAACAAUAUUAUAAANUUAGAUGCCUGGAGAGACAAUUACAAAUUAAUGUGAAAGUGAAGGUAUAGAAAGAGAAAUAAGAGUUCAUAAAAAAUGUAGGAAUCCAAAUAUAGUUUAACUUUAUGAUUCAUUUUAUGAAAAUGAUUCUAUUUUUAUUGUUAUUGAAUAUCUUGAAAAUGGUAGAUAUAUAUUAAAAUAAAAUUAGGCAAUUUAUUUACACAUAUUUAAAAGAAUCCACCUAUGAGUGAAUAAGAAGCAUGUAAAUAUUUUGUUUAAACAUGUCUUGCAUUAUAAUAUAUGCAUUAAAAUAAUGUAUUUCAUAGAGAUAUCAAACCAGAAAAUUUAUUAUUAGAUGAAAAAUUUAAUUUGAAAGUAUGUGAUUUUGGUUGGUGUGCUGAAAAUAUACAUUAAAAGAGAAAGACUUUUUGUGGAACCUAUGAAUAUAUGGCACCUGAAAUAGUAAUGGAAAUUAUGUAUGAUUAUAAAAUUGAUUUAUGGUCAUUGGGAAUAUUGUUAUUUGAAUUACUACAUAAAUAUGCACCAUUUAAAGGAAAAGAUUUUAAAGAAAUUUCAGUUGCUAUUAAAUAAUGUUAACCCAAAAUUAAACCAUCAGUAUCAAAAGAAGCUUACUAAUUAAUUUCUCAAUUAUUAUCUCUAGAUCCUAAUCAUAGACCUCCUAUAAGUUAAAUCCUAGCUUCUUCAUUCGUAAAAAAAUAUAGCAACAUGUUGAAUUUAGUAGAAUUCUAAGAAAACAUUCAACCAAGAUCUCCACUUCGAUAAUAUCCCUCUCAGUAGUAAUUGAAAUGUGGUUCACCAAGAAGAAGAAUCACAGAAUAUAAUAUAAUAUAAAAACCAGAACAAAGAGUUAGAAUGGCCUCACCUAAACCUUUAGAUUCUCAGAAACUUAUAUAGAAAAUUUAUGUCAGUCCAGCAAGAAGGAUAUAACCAAAGGGAAGAGAGAAUAUUCCAGUUAAGACAGGACCGAUAGAUGUAAGAGGAAGGGAAGCUACUAAAAUAAUAUAUAUGAAUUUAUGUAAUAAUAUUUCAUGA